GCGUCUUCAACGAGAUCUGGGAAUGGCGAGCUUGCUGGGAGAAACUCUGUUUGAGCUCAGUGGACAAGGUCCUGCACCUAUGAAGGACUAUUUCCACUUUACAAUUACACCGACUGAGGUUGUUUGGAGCUGGUGGAAGAUUUCUUUGAGAUCAGACUGCAGGAACACACCACCAGGACAACUGAGAGAAUCACAUGAAGACUUCUUAGAUGACAGCCGUCUGCAAAAUCACGUUGCCAUGGUAUUUGGUCCUCGCAUCUUGCAGUACUCCAAAAACUUAUGCCAAGGCCACUAUGAUUACAUUGUCCGUCUCCCCAAUGCUUUGCUUUUCACCAUCAUGGCACAUCUAGACCUUGAAGACAUUUCAGGUCUUUCACGUACCUGCCGUAAGUUUAAAGAGCUUUGUAACUCUGAGGAGUUCUGGGAGCAGACAGUAAGGAAGCAUUGUGACAGUGUGACUCCAACAGUGGAAGCUUUAGCUAAGGAGGUUGGCUGGAGGACAAUUUUCUUCACUAACAAGCUGCAGCUGCAGAUGCAGAUUAGUCGCCGGAAGCAGAAGGAGAAUCAGCCCUGUGAGGAUCAAAACGAGCCAAGUUCUUCUUCUGUUCCUUUUGAGUAAAUGGCUUCACACACCCUAUUCAAAGUCUAAUAAAGACUUUCUUUCUCAGAACAGCAUUUUUCCUUGUUUUACGCGUGGAGGUUUCACUGUUGAAAAUAGCUGGCAUGUUAAUGUUUUUGUAACAUUUGCUCAAAUCUAAAAAGACUAGAAGUGCAAAAGACUAGUUUUACAUUUCACAACUUGUAAGACAAAAUCAUAAUCACUUAUUUUCUCAAUUGGAGUUAUUUUAUUUGAACACAUAUCCAACGACAUUUGAAUUAGCAUGUGAGUUGUCUUAACAGACAUAACUGAUAACUCCCAACAGUAUUUUCCUGUUCAGAUGCCAAGUUUUUGUGCUGAGGAGCCUAAUGUUCAAAUUUAUGUUAUUUAUGUCUUGUUUUGUUCGUUAAAAAUAAAUAUUGCAUUUCUAU